UGUGGUUUAUCGUUCAAUACCAUUCAUUUAAAGUUUGACGAAGCGUAAGUUUGUGUUACGUCUGUGACUUGACAACAGUCAAUGUUUCACCUGAGUUAAACAGGUGGUUCUGUUAUUAUUAUAUCAUUACACGUAGCUAUCUAACAAAUGUAAAUUAAAUAAAAGUUGUACAACUGUAGCAAAUAUUUCUACUGAAUUAAGUUUAAUAAAGUAUGUGUAAACAUUCAAAUAGUUACUAAUAAAUUCGCUAAAGUGUGAAGUGUGACAAAACAGUAAACUUUCUCAGCUUAUCAAUUUCGCGGUUCUAAACGGUGGCAAUUUGUUCAAAAUGAGUUGAACAAACUUUCGUGCGGUCGUUGUGAACAGUGUUGUGGUAAGAGUGCUGUGAAAAACUACAAAAAUGACAACAGACAGAUUUCAUAAAGCGGCCAAAGAUGGUCUUCUGGAAGUGCUGCGAGAGGCGACGCGUAAGGAGUGCAACAAUAAGGAUGAGUCCGGCAUGACUCCCACGCUCUGGGCAGCCUUCGAGGGACACAUCGAGGCACUCCGACUUUUGUGUGGAAGAGGAGGAGAGCCCGAUAAAGCCGAUUACUUCGGCAACACGGCCCUCCACCUCGCGGCUGCGCGGGGUCACAAAGAAUGCGUCACCUUCCUCAUAAACUUCGGAGCCAACGUGUUCGCGAUGGACGUGGAUGGCCACACCGCACAGGAGUUGGCAGCCAUCAACGAACGGACUGAUAUACUGCGGUAUUUAGACCAGGCGACAGCAAAGUUGGAGAACAAUGAUAAGAAAAAAGCGAAAUCAUUGAAAGAGAAAGCCAAAAAAGACUAUGAGAAGUCCCACAAGCAGUAUCAGAAACGGCAGAGUAAGGCGGAGCUGAUGGCUGAGAAGGAGCUUAAAAAGCUGGCUAAGGAGUGGGACCAGGGUUACGCUGAGGAGGUCCACACGAUGCCUCACAGGCCCAGCAAUGUAUUGUGGGCCCUGAAACAAAAGAUGACCAGGUCUACUAGCCAUGGCAAUCUCUUAGCUGACGAUCAACCUCGGCCCACGUACAGCGUGCUGGUAGGCACCGUCAACUCCGGCGCAAGGGGGCGUGGCGCCGUAUACAAGAAGGCACUCGCUAGCAAACUGAGGAACAACACUAUUGGGAAAAAUAAUAAUCUCAAUACCAAUGAUUUUAAGGUCGGAGAGAUUGAGACGACAGGUCGUAGAUCAGUGACGUCACUGAGCGGUGUUCGUCGUGACUCGGAAGUUAUGUACGUGGGUACUUUCGGCGCGGGGCCGCAGCAGAGGGGCAACAUCUCGGACGUAUUCGCUGAACAACCACCCGAAACGACUGUACCUAAGAAAUCUCUCACCAGGUCUGCCAGUCAGCCAGACUUCGCGUUAGUGAACGAAGACAGCGGUAUUGGACAAGAGGUGAUGUUGCAGGAGCCAGCCAGUAUAUUCGAGCGACCAGGGUUCGGCAGCGUUGCAUUCAGACGUUCAAUAACGGCCACGCUGAGUGCGUUUGGCAGUGGAGCGCCUGGCGAGGACCUAUCUAUAGGGUCUGCCGGGUCCCUGGCUGCCAGACAUGCAUACCAACCAACUGAAUGGACAUCGGCACAGUCAGAGAGCUCAACCAUCACAUCAGAUGAAGAAGCUGAAGCCGAAGAGUCAGGUUACGCAUCUCUUGAGCGGUUCCUAUCAGCGUUUGGCCUUUCCCAAUACGUCCAAAAGUUCAAAGACGAACAAAUUGACCUUGACGCCCUCAUGAUACUUACCGAAAGUGACCUUAAAUCCUUAGGCCUCCCUCUAGGACCCUACAGAAAACUGGUAACUGCAAUCCAAGAAAGGAAACAGGCCCUAUCACACCCGGGACCUAUUAUGGACACUGCUUUAUAAACAGUUAAGUAAUUAAUUAAUCAUGCAAUUUUACGUUGUUUCAAUAGGUUUGCUUGUCGUUUUUUGGCAAUGCCAGAUGGCGCCACUGGCGGUUUAAGUCCUGUCUGUCAAAACAGUGAUUGAAUUUUUAAAAGUUGACUUGCCAUUUGGAUUAAAUUGAGCAAGUUUUGGAUUAAUAUAAGUGUUUUGUUUUAUAGAGUAAUUAAAAACUAGGCCAACUGUUUUACUACCAAAUUCAGAAGCGUAUUCAAGUCAAUGGCGUCUUCUCUUGUUUUACCUCAUCACUAAUUUCGAAAAACUCAAAACAAACGUCGUAAGUGCUCAAUUUUUUCAUUAAAUAUUAAUUAAUGUAAGACAUUUAAAAAACAAUGAGAAGUUUACACGUUUUUCGUAUCAGUUAUGUAGGACCCAUAUUGAUAUAUACCUACGUAUUCUAAAAAUAAUUGGAUAAUAUAAAAUUAAAUCUGUAAACCACAAACGCUGGCACCCAGAGUGCACUUAUAAUUAUCAGCAUAAAUCUAUAGAUAUGGUCAAAUCAUAUUCUAAACCUUUUUAAACGAGAAGCAGGACUUUCCUAAGAUUUUCUUAAAGUAAUUUGCACUAGUACGAAGUACGUAAUAUUUCGUGGAUAAGUGUUUUAGGUUAAGCAUUCUAGUGUGCUCUUGAUUUAUAUAAUGUUAUGUAUAUCUUUCUCGUUCUAUUAUUAUUGUAUAAAAUGGGUAAUUUAAAGUUAAC